UAUUAUUAUAUGAUAUUGAGAAAAUCAGACAGUCUUACAACGCUCCGUUCGUUUAGAGGAGCGAUGUCCGUUCUGUUCUAUUUUUAUUAUUUUUUUUACUUUACUUACGUAUGAACACGCCACUUAUUGCUACGUUGAAAAAAAAAGUCUAAAAAAACCGAACGCCUACAUAGAUUACAGUGGUCAAUAGGUCACACAUGGACACAAGUCACAAAUAGCAUUCAUUUGAAUUACACAAUUACACAAUAAGCAUAAUAUCAAAUCCUUAAAUUAAUUACCGCGUGGCGACCAGUUAACGGCCAAUACAUGUGCCUGUAAGUACGAUUUGUUUGCAAUUGUUAUUGUUUACAAUAAUAGAUUCUUAAAAUUCUUCAGUAUCGGUUUGUGUCGUAUAUAAUCAAUUAGUUUUUUUUACUUGCACCACGCAUUUUCGAUCGUGGGAUAUUCGAUAUUACGAGCAAGAACCGCUGCAGCAAGCGAGGCGUUAGCGUGAGACAAACUAAACGUUUUUAAAAGAGUCUACUCGUGGUUUAACGGUCGACUUCCGAGUUGGAUAAAAGCACAGUGACUGCCAUGGAUCAUUGGAAAUUCAUAACGGUCAUGGUCACCGUUUUCACGUUCACAGUAGAAAUACGACCGAUGGAUUCGUUUUUGACUGCAUACUUGACUGGACCGUCCGUAAACAUCUCGCUAAACGAGGUUUCCAACGUAUUUACGCCGAUCAGGAUAUACUCUGGAGUGAUCGGUUCGUUUCUGGUGUUCCUGCUGUCCGAUUACUUGCGAUACAAGCCGGUGAUGAUACUCAACGGUAUACUGGGCAUGGUGGCAUACAUCAAUCUGAUCGAUUCACCCACCACGUUUCAAAUAAUGGUGACCGAAGUUUGCUUUUCGUUGUUCGCGUGCAUCGAGAUGGCGUAUUACGGUUACCUAUACUCUAAGAUUGACGACAAAGAACAUUAUCAGAUAGCCACGGGAUUCGCAAAAUCCGGAAUGUUGAGCGGCACGUGUGUGGCCGGCCUCCUGGGUCAACUGGUGGUCAACCUCAACAAUCGAAAUUACUCCGUCCUGCCUUACUACAGCCUCGCCUUCGUGACAUUUGCGAGCUUAUGGGCGUGCUUAUUGCCGUCUGUUGGGAAUAGUAAAACGUCUAUUCAGGUGGAUGACAUCAGCAGCGAUGGUUUCUCAAAUGCGGCCAUUCGAAACCCAAGCAUACCCAACUACUCAGCAACCGGAAAAACCGACACGCAUAACGUUGUGCCGUCUGCAGUUUUGUUCAAUCGCUUAAGUGACUUCAGACAUUCGUAUGCAGAUCGCACAGUUUUGAUGUGGUCCAUUUGGUACGUCAUAGCGAUGGCCGGAUUCACUCACAUCUCUUUAUACGCAAAUAUUUUGUAUACAUACGUCGUAGACGUAUCGGGCGAUAAACACGUGUUGCUGAAUGGGUUAGUCGAUUUUCUGGCCACCAUGUGCGCGGCGGUUAGUACUUACCAAAUUGGCAAGGUGAACGUGAACUGGAAUUAUCACGGGUACAAAUUCUUGGCGUUCAGUGCUCUGAUGCUUGCACUGUUACUGUCCCUUGGCUAUUUUUCGAAAAACGUACUUGUCGUGUACUUCAUGUUCAUCUGCUUCGACACGAUAGUACAAUCCGUCUUCGUCAUCGCCGUGUCACAAAUCGGUAAACAACUAAAACACAAUUGCUAUACCUCGGUGUUGGGAUUCAACGCUUUUUUGGGAAUCGUUCUGUCCACGUGCUUGUCGUCACUCUUGGUACACGUCGGAGCAUCACUACCAGUCAGGUUUUUGGUGUACAGCAUUACGUUCAUUAUCCUUGCAAUCGUGUACGGGUGCGCUGCAGUCAUUUUCGCCGCGAAGAACAUUUCCGCAACGAGACGUUUUAGUCCGCUGCCAUAACAGUAUUAAUUGGGUGGACACAACUAUAUAUAAACAAUACUAUCCAUCAUCAGCGACAUUGAAAACCACGAAGACGAAGUUUGACACUAAUGAUUCAUUUAUUUAUUCAUUAAUUAUUUGUAAUAAAUAUUAGACUCGAACACAGAGGCUGUGAUGUUGGACUAAGUGUUUACCAUAUACAAUUAAUUAAAUAAUUAUUCUUUAUCUUGACUUACGAAAAUUAUCCAUUAAGUACUUUUUUGCUGUUAAUUAACGAAUUUUUCAGAUACUAUAUUAUAGUUUGAACUGUUUGAAGUGAAUUACUUAUAUUGUGUACAAAAUGAAUUACAAACAUUUAAUUAUGUAUGAAUUAUUGUUUUCAAUCGGACGAAAUGUCAUCUAUGUAGCUACAGCAGCGAUAUCUAUCGGAGUUCAAAUAAAUAAGACUGAAUAUUAAAA